UGCAUUUUUGUGUUGCGUAUGCAAAAAGUGGUCUUCCGUGCAUUGUUUUUCCAGUAUUUCCCAGCCGAAAUAUCGAUUUUUAUGUGAAAAAAAAGCUAUGUGAUCGAACACUGUGAAGGUGCUGAUCUGCAAACGCUACAAUGGAGAAACAUCCGGAUUUGGAAGCGGUGGUCAACUCCCAAAAGGAACAACUGCUACGUUACGAAAAACGCCUUAAAGAUGUUGUCACCGCUUACAAGGGCCUGUUGAAGGAGAAAACUGCACUCGAAUCGAGUCUUGCUGCCUUUACUAGCAACGGUUCGGUGGAAAAGCAUCAACAACAGCAACAAGCUUCGGCUCCUCCAAACGAUGGGGAGGGCGGCGAAGGCCUGCGGGAGCAGGUGGCGACAUUGAUGAAUUCCCUGGCGACACUAACCGCGGAAAAGGGUCGGAUGGAAAUUUCCUUCAAGAGCGAGCGUAAGCAAUUGAGGGAGGUGAUCGCCGAUAAGGAGGCUGCAAUUCGAGAUCUGGAGGAUCAAGUGAAAGCUUUGAACUAUACGAUCAAAACGGAUCUGGAGAAUUGUAAGACGAAGCUAAAGCACGAUCGGGAGGAGGAGUGUAAUGGACAGCUGGUGAUGAUUUGUGAACUGCAGAAGCAACUGUUGGAUGAGAGGCACUUGAAUGAGACACUGGAGAUGCAAUUGAGGGAUCUAAAGAUUCAAUUCAAUCAGAAACAUUCCGAUAAACGUGUAAGCGAUAUGCCACAGGCUUCUGAGUUUACCAAGCUGAGCGCGGAGCAGUUGGAGAGUUCAAAAAAGGAAAACGCUGCGCUGUCGACUUUGCUUCAGCAGUUUCAGGGUGAAAUAGAUAAUUUGAAGCGCCAGCAUGCUGCGGCUAUUCGGAACGAACAACGGCGGGUGAUGAUCGCUGAGGACCGAAGCAAAAAGUUGGAGGAAGUUCACGAAGAACGUGUUGCAAACCUGGAGGCACGGUUGGCUGAACUAAGCGAGGUGGUUGGAACGUACGAUCGACUGCGACAGCACGAUCAGGACAGUAUCUCCAAAUUGAAGGACAAGCUGUCAAAAUUGAGUCUGGAUAAUGCAUCUACGAGGCGCAUUAGUCAGGAAAGCAAUGUGGAAAGGAUUGUAGAGGAGAUAAGCUAUUUGAAGAAUUUGCUUCUAGCGGAAAAUGAGAAACUGGAGAAGCCACUGGAUUUGUCUUCCCUAUUUUCGAUCCAGCCCAUUGUCGAGGAGAUUGUCAGCUACCCGGCCAGUGAACUGGCCAACUAUCGCGAUCUACAGCGCAACUUUGAGCAGACCAUGAAAGAGAACGAAGCCCUGAAAGCUAACAUCCAAAUUCAUAAAAACAAUACGAAAACAUUACAGGAGAAGAUCAAGGUGUUGAAUAGGAACAUUGACGAUCUAGAAGUGGAGUACAAGAACAAGCUGAUUGAGCAUAACAACGUACUGAAGGGGGAGAAAAUCCGUACCCAAGAGCUGAUCAGCGCUCUGGAGUCUGAUUUCAAAUCGAAACUUUCCCAGUUGGAGCUGCAACUCAAGAAGCAACGUGAACGGUCACUUCAGCUGCUCGAAGAGAAGGAAGAAGAAAUCAAAUCCCUCCGUACGUCGUUCGACAUUUUGAUGCACGACUCCAGCGGGGGGCAGCAACAAUCCAGCUCAGAUCCCAACAAUCCAGAUGCCAUUGAUAACCUUCCGUUGGCGCUGUCGAAAAAAAUCAGCGCUCUCAAUUCAGUGUUCAAAACGGAACCCAACUCGAAUCCGGAGACGCACCACAUUCUGCACUAUGCUCACGAACUUGCCCGCAAAGAGAUCGAAAUCACCGCUCUACGAACGGCGAAAAAUAAUGCGGAAACCGCUCUGCGGCAAGCGCUUCACGAUAAGGUCUCCUCGCAGGAGGAACUGCACGAUAAGAUUGUCAACCUGGAGGAGCAAAUCGAUCGGUGGGAACGUUGCAAAUCGCGCGAAGGGGCCAAUCUGGAGUACCUGAAGAAUGUGGUUCUCAGCUUUCUUAUCUCGCAGGAUGCCGACGGUAAGAAGCACAUGAUCAAUGCCAUCGCGGCUGUUCUGAAGUUUAGCGCGGCGGAAACGGCAUCAAUCCAGGGAUUCGAGGGCGGUCCCAAGCGAUGAGGAAGCUCCGCUUGUAAGAAGCGUACAUUUGUUGUUCUGUAUUGAGAAGAGAGUAAACGAGUGAAUGUAUUUUGUUAUCGUGUCACAUUGUAUUAGUGAA